CGACUAUACACCUCUUACACAUGUGCACUACAUAGGGCACGAUAUGCCGCGUUCUCCACUUCAGACAGGUGCACUUCGUGUUUCUGAAGCAGGCGUUUAGGACGCAGCCCUCUGGUUGCUCGGUCUUGCGGUGUUGGUUGAACUGAACGCAGCAGCGUCUCUUGUUAGAGAUGACCGCGUCCCCGAUUCGGGAGUGAUUUUUUAUUUUUGAAAAUAGACACUUUUAGAGAUUGAGUCUUAAAAUGGAUUACAGGUAGAAUAAAUCAUGCGUUGUUCCUGAUUUCUUGAAAUCAGGCUCAUUUCUUUGGUGUUUUUUUUUCCUCUAUUUGGGAAGCGGGUUAUACUCAAGUCAUCGACAUCAUUUGCGCCUGAAAUCCACCGGGAUGUGGAGCAGGAGCAGCUUUGAGGACGGGCUGGAUCUCUAUAAGACAGGUUCCAGUGCGUCCUCUCCUGGGUGGGUGCCAGGCUGUGAGUCAGCAUGGCACGGCUCGUCCUCCAUCAGCAGCAGUAACCGCGCCAGGCGCCACAGCGCCGCCUCCGACAGCGCCGACACAGGCAUCGGGACGUCCUGCUCAGACAGCGUGGAAGACCACUCCAGCUCGAGCGGCACGCUGUCCUUCCUGCCGCUUCGCUCGCAGGGCCCCAUCCCCACCGCGCAUGUAAUGCCGUCCCCGUCCAGCUCGAAGCUCACCACCCAGUCGGUGCCUGGCAGCCCGUGGAACAGCAGCCAGCUCUCCUCUCCGGUCUCCAGCCCGGACAUGAAGGACCCUCGUCCCGUACGCCGAUGGUCUUCGCUCACACGCUUGAGUGGCCAGGAGAAAAGUGGCAGGACGUCGUGCCACCAGGACUCCCACGGAUCCCUGGACCGCGGCCUGCUCCACACCCGGGCCGACUCGUCCCCGCUCAAGCCAAGCACGCUGGACCUCAGCUACAGUGCCUUACCCGAGAGCAGAGCCUCCCUCAUGACGCCCAGGGGGCACUCGCUGGGGCAGCAGGCCGUCGGCGGGUCACCCAUCCAGCCCAGCGUGAGGACUCAGAUGUGGCUGAGCGAGCAGAUGGAGUUCCGACCCGAGGGUGUGAGCACGUGGCUAAACGAGCAGCAGCAGCGAGACAGGACGAGGCAGGAAGCCGACCUCUCGCAGAUGCUGGGUGGAACUGCUCUCCCCGUGAACACACUGGUGAAGAUUAAGGAAGGGCUCCUGAGACAGCGGGAGCUGGAGAUUGACAGGCAAAAGCAGCAGAUCCUGCAGCUACACGCCCGAAUCAGGGAAAACGAGUUAAGGGCGCAGCAAGUCCUCCAGAACCAGAGGGGGCGCUGUGACGAGACAUACACAAUUAAAUCGAAGGAGAGCCCGAUGGACAGCCCCGCCUCGUCUCUACACAGUCCCCAGACGACGCUGUGCUGCGAGAACGGAGAGCUGGCACGCAGGCUGGCUUCGGCCGAGCUCGAGGUCCUCCAGCUCAAAGAGUUCCUCAAGCAGAACACGCAGAAAUACACAGAGGACAUCAAGAAGCUGGAGGAGAAGAUGAAGACGCGCGAUCGCUACAUCAGCAGCCUGAAGAAGAAAUGUCAGCGAGAGCACGAGCAGAAUCAGGAGAAGCAGCAGCGCAUCGAGACUCUGGAGAAAUACCUGGCAGACCUGCCCUCGCUGGACGAGGUGCACACCCAGGCCCAGCAGUUGGAACAGGUCCAGUCGAAGGAGCGGACGCUGCAGGACACGGUGGCACAGCUGGAGAGGAACUUAGAGGAGAGCCGAGGUCGCCUUCAGGAGAAAGACGCCCUCAUCGAGAGACAAGCCAAGAGGGAGAAAGAGCUGAUGGCUGCCGUGCACAGUUUGCAGGAGAAGGUGGAGAAGUGUCUGGAGGAUGGAGUGCGGUUGCCCAUGCUGGACCUAAAGCAGCUGGAGAAGGAGAACUCGCAUCUCCUGGAACAGCAAUCUCACAACAGCAUGCUGAUCGACAGCCAGAAGCAGCAGAUCGACAGACUCACUGUGGAGCUCACGGCACUGGAGAAGAAGCUGCAGAAGGAGAAGGCCAUCACACAGGAACUCCAUAAGCAGCUCGUAGAGAGAGAGGAGGACCUGGAGACACUGUCGAAGAGCAGCCAUCAGAAGCAGCAUCAGCACGUGGAUAAUGGCACCACGGCUCAGGAAGCCAGCUCUCUGCUAAAGGAAAUGUCUCAGUGUCUGCUGGACCUGAAGGCUUUAUGUAACAUUCUCACCCAGAGAGCACAAGGCAAAGAACCUAACCUGGCACUGCUCUUAGGCAUCAAAUCGAUGAGCUGCUCAUCCGAGGAGAGCGAGAAGCCGCGGGCGGAGGAGGGACUGCGAGCCAAGCUCCUGGAGGCGCGUGAGCUGAGGAAGGACAUCGACGAGCUGCGCACUAUCGUCUCCGACCGCUACGCGCAGGACAUGGGGGAGAACUGUGUGACGCAGUGAGCGCCCGCUACAGGCCGUGCCCCUACAAUGCCUCACUCUAGUCAGCAAAAGGGAACACAAUAAAAAUCAGUCUGACUCCUGAAUGUCGGACCAAGCUGUGAAUCGA